CGCACACAACACUAGCAACAGUGCAAAAACUUUUAGACUAAUUGUUACAGUAAUGUUUACGCCUCAUAAUACGAUAUAACAAUAUGGAAAGUUAUGUGAACGUGGAUAGUUUGCCAGAAAAGUAUCGAAAUGUGUUUCCAAAGUACCGCAGUUUCAAUCGGAUUCAAAGUGAAAUAUAUCCAAGUAUCUUCAACUCAGAUAACUCAAUUGUGGUUUCUGCACCAACUUCAUCGGGCAAGACAGUUAUUUUCGAGCUGGCAAUCAUCAAGUGUUUGAUGGAGAAUGACAACACCAGUGAUUCAAACUUUAAAACAUGUCAGAUAGUUAUGGUUGCACCGAUGAAGGCUAUAUGCAACGAGCGUUAUCGUGAUUGGACUGCACGUUUCGCAUAUCUCCACUUGCGAAUCUUACUCUUAACGGGAACAACCGACACAAGAUACGCAAUUGAUUUAAAUUCGUACAACAUUAUAAUAACAACGCCUGAAAAAUGGGAUUCCAUGAUGCGACAGUGGCAUCUUUAUAAAGAUGCUAUACAGAACAUAGACCUUUUUAUGAUUGACGAAGUACAACUAGUUGGCGAUAAAUCACGCGGACCAACAUUGGAAGCAAUCGUCAGUCGUAUGAAAACAGUCCGUUUAACAGCAAACACACUGCGUAUUAUUGCAGCGACUGCUACUGCUUCGAACGUGGAUGAUUUAGCACAAUGGUUGGGAUUAAACGGACGUGUUUGCGAACAUUUUUCAUUUGACGAAAAUACUCGUCCUGUGCCGCUAAAAAUGCUGAUUCAUGGUUAUCCAUCAAACAAAGCGUAUUUUAAAUUUGACAUUAACUUAAACUACAAACUUAUUAACUUAAUCAUGGAACAUUCGGAAGGAAAACCAACUCUUAUAUUUUGUUGUACAAGAAGCGGAGUUGAAAUGGCGGCGAAACAAUUGGCUAAAUGUAUUACAACAGGAACAUCAAUCGAAAUGAAACAAUAUUUAAUAGACAUUUCGACGAAGAUCUCGCAUCCACAAGCAAGUCAACUUAUUAAACAUGGAAUAGGCGUGCAUCAUGCGGGAAUUCUAGAAGAUGAACUUCAAAUAAUUGAAGAUGCUUUCCGCCAAGAACGUUUACCUGUUUUGAUAACAACCACAACGCUAGCUAUGGGCGUUAAUCUACCAGCGCAUUUAGUAAUAAUCAAAGGAACAAAAAUGUAUGCCAAUGGUGGGUUUCAGAGCUACACGGAUUGUCAAAUUCAACAAAUGAUCGGUAGAGCUGGCAGACCACAAUACGACACUUCCGCAGUUGCGAUUAUUAUGACAACAAACGAAGAUAAGCAAAAAUAUGAACAAAUGGUUCUAAGAAGAUCCCCGUUGGAAUCUGGUUUACAUCUUCAUCUAAUUGAACAUUUAAACUCAGAAAUAGCACUGCGCUCUUUAACAGACUUAGCAAUGUGUAUGCAGUGGUUGACUACAACAUUUUUAUACGUGCGAGCUGCGAAAAAUCCGCGUCAUUAUGGUAUUGCACUCGGUUUAAAUCAGCAACAAAUGGUUCGGAAACUAAUGCAACUGUAUCAAAUUGAUAUCAAUAAAUUAACCGCGGCAGGAAUGGCGUUGCUUGAUGAGAACGCUAGUUUAACGCCAACAUUCUUGGGAGAAUUAAUGGCAAAACAUUAUUUAAAAUUCGAAACAAUUAAAAAUUUAACACAAAUUCGCGGUAAUGAAUCAGUCGAAGAACUCUUGCAUAUCGUAGCACGUUCUAAAGAAUUUGAUGAUUUACCAUUACGUGUUAGUGAGAAAAGGGUAUUGAAUGCAUUAAAUGCAACAAAAGGCGAAGCCAUACGUUUUCCUAUGACAGGGAAAAUAAAAACUAAAGAAAUGAAAGUUAAUUGCUUAAUUCAAGCAGUAUUAGGUUGUCUACCAAUUGCCGAUCACGGUCUAGUAGUUGAGAGUGAAAAGAUUAUCAAAACUGCAGAUUCUGUCGCUAGAUGUAUGGCGGAGUAUCUGCUUAAAACAAAUGAUAAGUUUACUGCUGCAUAUUCAGCUCAUUUAUUGAGUAAAUGUAUGAAAGCUAAGUUAUGGGAGAAUUCAAUUUAUGUUGCUCGUCAAUUGCCAGGAGUAGGGACGCAAAGAGCUAGAAUUUUAGCUGGGCUAGGUAAAAAUAGUUUCACUACUUUAGCACAUGCAGGACCCAACGCUCUAAAUUUGGCUUUAAAAACAAAUAUAGGCGAGAAUUUAGUAAGAUUAUCGGAGAGAAUUCCUCAAUAUGAAAUGAAUAUUAGACUAAAAUCUAAUUCCCAAGACAAUGGGACAAAAAUGAUCCUAUUGGAAAUUGUUAUACGCCUUAUAAAUAGAAAUAAUUUAUUUGAAUCGGUUGUUGAUCCAAAUAAUCAGAUGGUAUUGCUAGUGGGUAAUUUGACUACCAAUCAGGUUUUGUUUCAAGACAAAUGUUCUCUGCAUUAUAUGCUUGACGUUCCUGUAUAUACCAGAGAAGUUGUUGUUGAUGUUAUACAAGGAUUUGAAAAAGUUGACAUAGCUGGCUACUUUUUCAGUACUUCAUGGGUGGGUUUUGAUGCAAAUUCAAAAAUUACUUUGCAUUUUCCUUCUUCUCCAAAGUCUCUUCAUGUUCAGCACAAAACUAAACCAAAAACAACAAUAAAAGAUUACUUCCGCGGUGAUGCAGAUAAAACUAAAAACAGUGGAUUAAUCACUGAUCUGAAUUCAACUCUAACAUCAUCUUCUACGGAUGCUUAUGAAUAUCCGUCAUCUACUAAAACUUCCGUUUCUUCUAAAGCGCAAUCGCCGGUUGUAGGUGCAAAUCGAAGGAAAAUGAAAAUAUGUGCAAUGGAUAUAUUUAAUUUACCUCAACAAAACUUUGAACAACAACGCAAGCCAUUGUCCCAGAUUGAGCACAAUUCAAUUGUUUUACCAACUGUAAAGACAAGACAAAAGAAGAAAUUUACCACGUUUGAUUUAAUCGAUAUUGUACCCCAGAAAACUCAGCAAUGUAUUGAUAAAGGUUAUAAACCAAAUUUGGCUCGCUUGACUAAUUCUGCUAAGAUUAAUAUUGAUAAAAUCAGUGGGUGUGAUCACAAUAAUAAUGAACCAGUCAUUGGAUUAAGUUCUGAUACAAGUUGUAUUGGAAAAUUUGCAGCAAUGAAGCCUCCCGAGCAAGUGGUUAACAAAUGGGCAGAAUAUUUUCAACCAGAGAAAUGUGCUUCAAAGAUAGACAUAAAUGCUACUAAGAUAAAACCAACAUUUCAAAAAUCAGUGAAGAAGAAGGACGUGGAUGCAGAUGUAAAAUCAAGUGCUGCACCAACUGAAAUAUUUUCCAUUUUUAACGAUCCUGUGUCCACAAAUGUUACUCAAAAGGAACAAAAAUGUAAUCCUUUAGGCAACAAAGUGAAUGUUACGUUUGAUACUUUUAAACCAUUGGAAACACCUAUGGAAACCCACACUGAACAAAGAGUUGGUCCAAUAUUUACACCAACCUCCAACAUUUUUGACAUGGUUGAUUUGAAUACAGAUUCAUAUCUACCUUCCAAGACAUUUGGCAACACCAUAUCUUAUUCUGCCCUAUCAACCGGGACCAAUAGAAAUUAUUUCAGUAUAUUCGAUGCAACUGCAAAUAAACCCACAAGCAAGCCUUCACAUCUUGAUCAUUAUCAAAACACGUCAAUUUUUGAAGAAACAAAAGUAUUAACUCCAGAAAAAGUUGAAGAAGCUGCACCAAAAUCAACUGCAAAUAAAUUACCAACGGUGCCAGAAUCAUUUAUUACGUUCUUCAAUAACAAGAAUGUUUUACAAGAAAAUAAUUGUAAAUCUACUGUACCGGGUAUUUCCGGUUUACCACAAGAUACCCAGUCAACAAAAUAUUCAUCUAAAUUUACCCCAGUAUCUAGAAUAAACAGUAGUCAUAAUCAUCAUGGAUACCAAAAAUCAUCAUUAAAGCUUUUUAACAAGAAUAAAGAGUUACCAUGCAGUAACCAUAAUAUUAUUUCGAGUUUUAGAAAAACUAAAAGCGGAAGAUGGUCCAGUUUUAAUAAAUCAUCAAGACCGCCCUCUCCAAGUGAAUAUUCUUAUCAAAAGAAACCCAAAAUGAGCCACAGAAAGUCUUCAAUGCCUCAUGCUUAUACAGUGGAGAGUAUUACUACAAGUAAUACAGUAUCCUUGGUUUGUGAUUCAAUCACAAAAACAAAGAAGUCUAUUGUAUGGGGUAGUCCUUUGGUUUCCGAGCGAGUACUUUCAGAAGAUAAUGAAAGUGAACUCAGCUUUCCAGAUAUUUGAUAAACUUAUCAAAUGUGUUUUAUUUAUUAAUAUAUCUGUCUAUUUAACUA